UUGUUUAAGAGCUGAUGUCUUCGCCAACUACCGCCCCUCCUGCUGACGAUGAGAUAACAGCGAUCUCCUACGAGACCGAGGAUGUAGGAUCGGUCAUAUCCAGCUCAAAGACCAAGUACACUUGGCGAUUCGAAAUAGGCGGACAGGUAGUAGUAGUAGUAGUAGUAGUAGUAGUAGUAGCAGUAGUAAUAGUAGUAGUAGUAGUAGUAGCAGUAGUAAUAGUAGUAGUAGUAGUAGUAGUAGUAGUAGUAAGCGAACUCCGUUCAGAGCUACCUAGUGAAUCUCUUCGUCUCGUGGCGCAGUGAUAAAUACCGUGUCGUUUUGAAUGGUUACGAACAGACCAUGCAAGUUCAAAAGUCGGGCAAGUUCAGUUACGCUUUCAAAUUCCAAGGGCAUUAUUUCAAAGUAGUCCCAUCGAGAUAUCCAGACAGAUGGGAUUUGCUCAUUGAUACAGUGCCGUUCUACGCCUACACGGCUCGAGGAAAGCGGGAGCAGGCUAUCCGGCUCAGACAGUACUAUGAGAGACGAAUGGCUGAGAAGAGACAAGCCAAUGAGACGGAUGACGAUGAGUAUCGAGAGAUGCAGAAACAAGUGGCAUUGCUUCGAGCGCAAGAUGGAGAGGAUGAUAGCUCUUCGGAAGAGGAGGAAUCUAGCGAGGAUGAGAAUCCUCAAGUUCCGCCUCCUACCGAUCUGGCAUCUCGUAUAGGCCACCGUAACGACUACAAGCAGCAGAUGGAUGCCGCUGAGAACGCGUUUUAUAGUACUCAAAUGCCGACCUUUCCCGACGACCUCUCCACUGGUGGACCACAGCAAGCCUCGGCGGCCCCGCCGGACAUGAUAUCUUUCGACAGCCCUGUCGUGUGGGGACCAGCUGCUGCUGGUGUAGCGGUGGCUGGGAUGGCUGCUGCACAGUAUGGGAGCAACGAGGCCCAUGGGGGUCGGCAGGCAGAUGGCAAUGGUGAUAAUGUGAAUCCUUUCGCGAUGGGGACCACGCCUGGGGGAGGCCAGCAGACUACUGCUGGCAGUGCAUUCGAGGCCUUUGAUGCACUCACACCAGCCGGGGGAGAUCAGACACUCCCACAAGGGUAUAUCCCUCCAGCUUUGGGAGUGCAGGGUACUACUCAACAGGCUUGGUCGACAGGGCCGCAACAGCAGUACUAUUAUGAUUAUUAUCACCAACAACAGCAACAACCUCCAGUACCUGUGCAAGGACAACAACAGCAGCAGCAGUACCCUACAACUGUACAGGGAGUACCACAGCAGCAGCAGCAACAGCAGCAGUACACCACCACUGUACAGGGAGUACCGCAGCACCAACAGCAGCAGUACCCUACAACUGUACAGGGAGUACCGCAGCACCAACAGCAGCAGUACCCUACAACUGUACAGGGAGUACCGCAGCACCAACAGCAGCAGUACCCCACCACUGUACAGGGAGUACCGCAGCACCAACAGCAGCAGUACCCUACAACUGUACAGGGAGUACCGCAGCACCAACAGCAGCAGUACCCCACCACUGUACAGGGAGUACCGCAGCACCAACAGCAGCAGUACCCUACGACUGUACAAGGGGAAGCAGUAGACCACCAGUCCUCUCCUAUAUCCGCACACGAUGCCCCACAGCAGCAGCAGCCUUCUCCUAUGUCGGUACAACACGCACCAGCACAAGAGCAUUUCAUCACCAGUAUACCGCCACAACAGGUGACUCCAUCACCUAUAGGCUCGCAACAUGUGAUGGGAUCAUCGUAUAUGGUCCCUGGAGCACAGACUGAUCUACAGCAGCAACAGCAGCAGCAGCAACAGUACCCAGUCCCUGUGGUAGCUGCAUCGGUCUCAUCGGUCCGUCCCGGUAGCAGCCAACAGGCUACUGUUAUACAGGGCUCUCCCGUGGCCCCGCAAACAUCUAGUGCAGUCUCCUCUUUCUCCUCCUCCUCGACUACUGUGGUCCCAGGUGUUCCAGCUGCUACCACUUCUAGUGUCAUCUCAUCGCAGUCGGCUCCCUAUGGCCAUUACGGCAGUCAGUCGAUGCCUCAACAACAGCAGUGGCCGUCGGAGGCCAGUGGGAGCUACUACUAUUACGGCACAGCUACGAGUGCUACGGAUGCCAAAGUGCAGCAGCAAGGGAGCUCUCCUGUCGCUCCGGCUCAUGCGGUGGCAGAACAGAAGCGAUAAGAGUAGUUUGUUUUGAUGGAAAUGUAUUUAUCAUAGCGGAGCGUU